AAAGUUYGCCAGGGAUCCGAUCGAUGUAGAGAUGGUAAAGAACCUCAACUUGCUCCGGGAGACUGCUCUGUACUACACCCUCCUCCUGACCUCUGCUCCUGGUUUURCACUGUCCAGCCUCCCGGACAGGUUGAUUUGCUUCCUGAGCCCCUCAGCCAUCAGGAACCUUAGCAAGGAGGAGGCUUUGGCCGUGGCCCAGCGCCUCGGGAAGAGCUGCCCAUGGAGCAGAGGGAUCCCUGGAGGGAGAUCUCCAUCCUCCCUGACAGCCCCAGAGCUGCAGGUCGCGUCCUCCCUGCUGAGGAAGCUGGAGGAUUUCUCUCCAGCAGUGCUGGAAUCCUUGGGCCAGGCUGUCCUGGGGCUCUCCGUGUCCAACAUCCAGAGCAGCAUUCCCGGGCAGGACCUGCGAGCGGCUCUGCCCGCCCUGGGGAGGAUCCGCGGCUGGAACAAUGAGCAGGCCUCGGCCAUCGUCAGCAAACUGCUCCGAUCCGGCUACCAGAUCGUGGAUGGACAGAGCCUGGCCGAGCUGGGCAGUUUGGUGGGCGGCCUCAACAGCAGCACAGUGCGGGCUCUGGCCCCACAGGUGGUUUUGGAAGCUCUCCAGCUGCCCAGCUUYGCCCAGCACGUGGACACGCUGCCCCCGGCCCUCAAGAGGACCUUGGUGGAAAAGGUUUCCUCCAGCRUUGCCCACCCUGCUGAGCUGGUCAAACAGAUUCCCGACACCCUGGCCAGCUACAUCCCAAAAUCCCUGCUUGUUUUUGGGGAAGACAAGCCCAAUGUCCAGGACCUCAACAACAAAACGUGGACCAGAGAGCAGGCUGCCAUGUUUUUCAGCGAUGUGGUGAAGGCAGAGCCCGACUUCAGCAGKCUUUCCCAGUCUGUCCUCCAGGGCUUCACCUGCGCAGCUGUCGAUGCUGUGGAUGCAGAGAGGUUCCAGGAGCUGGCCAAGAUCAUGAGGAGGAAGAAUGUCAGGCUGGGAGAGGACCAGCUGAGCUGUUUGCUGAAGAUGGUGACGCUGCAUGGCAUUCCCARGGAUUUGGACAGUUAUCCCAAAGACCUGCUGCUGUUUUUAAGCCCCUCGGACUACGCAGCCACRGGGAGCUGCAGGCAGUUCUUCAGCAAUGUUGGGCAGGCAAACGGGGAUGUUCUGCCCAGAGAGGCCCCUCAGAGGCAGCAGCUGCUCCUGGAGGCUCUGGAAUGUCUGAGAAUCCCUGGCACUCAAAUAAACGAGGAAGAUGCCGAGAUCCUGGGCUGGCUGGUCUGUGAGCUGGAUGGGGASUACAUCAGGGGCUCUGGUGGCAGCUUGCUGAAGGAUCUGAGCCACUGUGGGUCCUUCCUGCCUGACCAAGAGGAGGCCAUCAGGGACGUCAUCAGCAGUGGCAACACCACCUUUGGGCCUCCUGCAGCGUGGUCAGCCUUCACCCUGAGUGAGCUCAAUGGGCUGAUCCCCGUGCUGGGUCACAGCAUCCUGCGGCAGAUUCCCAAGAAUGCUUUAACCACCUGGCUGAGGAACUUUGCCUGGGAUUCCUCGCUGUCCAGGGCAGACCUGGCCGCCGUYGUUGGGGAGCUCCUGCCCAGCCGGCACAAACGUGCAGAUGGUUGCCCAGCUGACCUGGAGAUCACACAGGACAUUCUGGACAGUGACCUGAUGCCCACCUWCUAUACCCCCGAGGAGCUGCGCGCCUGCCUGCGGAACGCCUCCGUGGAAAAUCACCUCUCCCAGAUCCUCACCUACCCCUUCAGCAUCCAGCAGCUGGCUGUGCUCAAGGAAUACAUGGAUGAGAGGUAUCCCAAUGGGUAUCCCGAAAAUCUGCUCCCCAGCCUGAACCCUCUGCUGCCCCUCAUCACCCCAGAGGAGGUCUCCAGCUGGAACAUAAGCUCAGCUGACAUGUUGGCUGCCUUCCUGAAAAGCCAGCCCUCGGACUCUCUGGCCUCGGUGGCAAUCAAACGCUACAUGGAGCUGGGCAACCCCUUGAACACCACAGCCCUGAAUGCCAUCGGCAUGGGCUACGUGUGCCUGCUGAACACCACUGACCUGGAGGCCAUCCAGCCCUCCAGCCUCAAACUGGCAUCUCUGGAUCCUUCAGCCUGUUCCCAGCAGACGAAGAACAUCUUGUACCAGAAAGCCAAAGCUGCUUUCGCUGACCAGCACCAUUUCCCUGCUUACUAUGAGCUGAUUUUACCUUACCUGGGGGGUGCUCCUGCCGCAGAUCUCAAGGCUCUCAGCAAGGACAAYGUCAACAUGAACAUCAGCACGUUCGUGGCUUUGAGAAAAGACUCUCUGAUGAGCCUGACCCCUCCUGARGUGCAGGGUCUGCUGGGGCUGAACCUCCCCGAGCUGGCCCGGUGGCAAUACCGGGCUCCCGUCCGUGACUGGAUCCGGGUGCAGAAACAGUCRGAGCUGGACAAGCUCCACAUUGGCCUCACGGGGGGCACACAGGAGGGCUACAUCAACAUCAUCACCCCCAGGUUCCCAGCACUGUCCUCAGCCCCUCUGGGGAGUGUGGCCAUGGCAUUCCACCUCCUGCCUGCCCUGCUCCUCAGUUUGGUCAUGAUGUCCAUCUUGUCYUGACCAUCUCCUCCCAAGAGGAACCAAGCUGAGGGGAACCAGCCUGAGACCUGCUCUGAGAGCUGCAGUGAGGAGUGCCCAGAGCUCCAGGCAGCUGGGAUCAGCUCAGGACUCACUUUUAGGUACUUUUGGCUUUCAAAUCCCUUGGAAAAAAAAAACAAAAAAAAACCCAACAAACCCCAGUUCUGUCUGAAGGGAAGAUUCCAGACUCCUUGGAGGAGAAUCUUUGCCUUUGGUACAGCCUCAGUCCAGGCCAGCCCCAGCUAGACCAGGUCUUGCUGCUGGGUUUAAGGGUGAGUUCUUCAGGUUAAAAAUUACUUUUCUCAGAGUCUGACCUUGUGACACUGCCAAGACCUCAGGGUGGGAGUGAAAUUUCCCGKCUGCUUGUAAAUAAAUGCUGGAACUCAGUAAAAAUGCCAAAAGCAAAUCGAUGAG